CUUAUAUUUUAGGAGUAUAAGCAGCAAAUAAAAUGGCUUAUUGCAAGAAAACCGUGGGUGAUAGAAAAAAUCGAAUGCCAUUUCCGGCUUUUUGGUCAGAAAUCACCGAUGUGAAAGUUGUGGCAAAGCUUACAAACACACGAAACAUCUCAACAGCCACAUCAAAAAUGAAUGCGAAAAGGAGCCUUCUGAAUACCACCGUUGUGAAUAUUGUUACAAAACCUACAAGUAUAAGAAACAUCUUAACAGCCAUACCAAAUAUGAAUGCGGAAAGGAGCCGAUGUUUCUUUGUCAAUAUUGUAGCAAAGCUUUUUACCAGAAAUACAGUCUGACGUCUCACACAAUGCGAAUGCAUCUACAGCAUGUAAACACAACCAGUUCACAGCCAGAUCAUUAUAGGAAAUGUCAAUAGCAACUAACACUAGAUCGGCGCUAACAACUCAAACGGUAUGGUUUAAGUAAAAUCUUUUACAUUGUGGUUUGACAAAUGACACCGAGAUGUCCGAAACUUUUUCAAUCUGCAACUGUGGUUUUAUUCCACGACCAGAGUAAAAUGGAGCGUGUCACAAUUUUUAGGAAUGAAGUCGGAACAUAGAAGAGACCGGGUCAAAGUGAGCUUUCUAUUAUAGAAAUAUUAAUACAGAAUUAUGCACAACAUGAAAAAAGAUUCUUUAUUUACCCUUCUCCAACAAAUAAACAAUAAUCCCCGGUUGUAACAAUCACGGAAAAAAUAACAAAAAAUAAAAGGAUGCAAAAUUAUCCAUUUUGCCUGGACCCACAGGCUAAAGUGAGC